AUACGCCCUAUUCACGUAUGACGCAAUCUGGCACCAAAACGAGGCGUGGAACGCACGAACAACACCGGGACAAUAUGGCGGCGUACCACUGUUGUGUGCCAUCCUGUGUUAGCGAUUCGCGCUACGAUAUCGGUAAAAAACUCACAUUUCACCGUAUCCCUCAUGACAAGCAACAGCGCAGAGAAUGGAUUGUAAAGAUCCGCAGAGAUGUCGGAAAGAAUUUCAAGAUAUCUUCUGCAACCCGUGUGUGCUCCGAACAUUUCCAUGAGAAAGACUUUCUCAGAACACUGUCAGGUCUAACACGGCUCAGGCCAGGAGUCAUACCAUCAGUAUUCCAGUGGACAAAAACAACUACUGAGAGGCCUGCGCCAAAGAAGCGUUCCAAUGAUGUUGCUCCAGACCCAUGUGUAGGCUGUGAUGAAGGAGUGGCAGCUGAUGGUCCAGUAGACACUAUACCAGCACCAUCAGCUGACCAUGACUAUUCCUCCACCCCUGUUCCUGCAGAGAGUCAGCUGGCAGCUGCCCAGGCAGAGAUUGCCAGACUGCAGGAAAAGGUUAGACAACUGGAGCAGGAAAAGUUUUUCCUUGAUAGAUUUUCUUCUGACCCCCAAGCAAUUAGUUUUUACACUGGCUUUAAUAAUUAUCAAAUAUUAGUUACCGUUUUCACAUCUUUAGAACCUUCAGCUAAUAACAUGAUCAGGUGGACUCAGAUGCAGAGACAUUCAUCUAAUAUGAACAAUGUUAGAAUGUCAUCUUUUAAUGAUUCAAGUCUUCCCCUUAUUGACCAGUUUUUCAUGUUUUUGUGCCGUGUGAGGCAGGGUCUUGCAGAGAAUGAUUUAGCUGUUAGGUUUGGUGUGUCCCAGUCUUCUGUUAGUAGAAUGUUAAUCACCUGGGCAAAUUAUUUGUACUUCAUGUUGGGCAGUUUGGCAAUUUGGCCUUCUCGGAGUGUUGUUGAUAAGAAUAUGCCAGAAUGUUUCCGUAAGACCUACCCAAAGACAAGAGUUAUACUUGACUGUACAGAGCUAAAGGUGCAGACUCCAAGUUCUAAGGUACUUAAUUCUGAAACAUAUUCACAGUACAAAAGCCACACAACAUUUAAGGGUUUAAUCGGAAUUACACCAUGUGGGGUCCUGUCCUUUGUCAGCACACUGUAUACUGGAUGUAUAUCAGAUAAAGAAAUCACAGCUAGAUCAGGAGUAGUUGACCUUAUUGAGCCAAAUGAUUCUGUUAUGGCUGAUAAGGGGUUUCUGAUACAGGACCUACUGGACAAUAAACAAGCAAUGUUAGUGAUCCCCCCAUUCCUUGGCAAGAAAGGAAAGUUCUCUGCCACUGAAGUUAGUCAGACCCAUGAGAUAGCUAGGUUGAGAAUACAUGUGGAGAGGGCCAUCAGGCGGGUAAAGGAAUACCACAUUUUUGAUGGAGUAGUCCCACUUUCACUUGCUCCGUCAAUCAACCAGAUUUGGACUACUUGUUCGAUUCUGACAAAUUUCAGGGGACCCUUAUUCUAAUAAGGGAAGUUGAUAGAUGAAGCAAGUGAAAAUGGGACUCCUCCAUCAAAAAUGUGGUUUAUUUGUUUGCAUCGCACUAAAAAGUAUAAAGAUGAAAUGAAGACCAAAAAUACAUAAUACAUUUUUUUGUACUAGUUAUUCUACUCAAUAUCAACAUUUGAUGCUACUUUCUGCCCCUCACAUUUUUUGGAGUUCUUCAUGUAUUCUCCUGAAGUGGGUCACCAAAUUGUGUUAGAAAUUCCUGAGACAAAGGCAUGAUUAAAACAAAUUUGACAACAUCUAUUACUAAGUAUUAGAAAAGCCCCUAUUAUAUUGUUCUUGGCACUGUAACAUUCAAGACUACAAAAUGCUUGUUUAUCGUCCAGUAGGUCUUGUAUCAGAAAAUAAUAUGUUAUAUACAAUUGUUUGUGCUCAAUAGUGCUUAGAAACCAUUUAAAUGUAUGAAGCUUGGAGUCUAUAUCUCAAAGCAUUAAUAAUCUUUUCGAGGGCACCAAAUUUUCUUAACUUCUGGCGCAAUUUUCGCAUGGAAAGACGUGUGCUCUCAAUAUUACUCUUGUCUUUGGGUUAAUUUUUGUCUGAGGGCACCAAAUCUUCUCAACUUCUGGUGCAUUUUACAUGGAAACAUGUGUAUAUGACAUAUACCAGGGUCAAUUCUUUUCGAGGGCACCAAAUUUUCUUAACUUCUGGCGCAAUUUUCGCAUGGAAAGACUUAGUGCUCUCAAUAUUACUCUUUUCUUUGGGUUAAUUUUUGUCUGAGGGCACCAAAUUUUCUCAACUUCUGGUGCAUUUUACAUGGAAACAUGACUGUAUAUGACAUAUAUGACCGUGUUGUAUUCUGUAUAUCCCACCCUCAUAAACAUAAAUUUGAAUCUAUAGUUCUUCAUGUAUGUUUUUAUCCUGUUGGCAUAGUCUUAUCAACAACACUCCUAUUGUAACUAACUUAUCUUAUAUUUCUAUGAAUACCAAAGUUGUAUGGUAUGAUUAAAUAUAUAUGUCUUUAGACCAAAUCAUUAUUUGUAAAACAAUACAUAUUGAACAGAAUCAAAUAGAUACAGCAGAUUUUAUGAAUCUUGACAUUACAUUUAUUCACAAUGACAUUUUAUAUAUGACCAGAUGUGGUUUGCACAUGAUCAUGUUGUACCAACAAACUGAAAUGUCUCCAACCUUGUAACAUUGUAAGGUAGUCUGAGGCAAUAUUUUUCCUAACCCAUUAGUUGAAUACUGUGUACUCAUGUAAUGAAGGUUUUACGUUGGGAAACUAUGUACAAGAUGCUUUCAACAAAUCUACCAUUCUUUAGUUGUCCAAAUAAACUAGCCUAAAUACCAACUGGUAAUGAUUUAUUACCGUAACCACAUGUUUUCUAAAUGGUGUUUUACUUCUUGCUGUUUCAGAUACAUUAUACUAUUGUUACUUGAAAAAAGAUAGAAGAUAAGUGUUAUCAUAUUAUGUAUUGUAUAUUGUAGAAUGUAUUUCAUAUGAUGGAUAUUUUAUACAUAGUAUAAUCUGCAUCUGAGUCCACCUUUCUACAAAUAUGCCUGCAAGUAUGUACAGAAUAAAGUCUCUAGUUGUAAUUGUAAUUUGCACAAAAAAUAGUCCUUGUGUAAUUAUAUAUUAUUAAGCAAUGUUUUGUAACAUCAAGCUGUCUUUAUAUGUCUUAAGAAGUGAGAAAAAUUGAACCUGUACAGACCAGGAUUCAUUAGCCAUUGUUGAUAUCAUAUUCUUAUUGGCAUUGAGCAUGGGCCAGCA